AUUUUCAAGAUGUCGGCAACGAAUGCGGCCCGAAGUGUAAUUCGUCAAAUUUUGACGAGUUAUAAGUCAUCUAAAGGCUUCGACAAGGUUGGAGACAAGGUAUAAGAUGAUUUAUCGUUUUAAAAUUUGGACAGAAUUUCCGUAUUACCCCAUACUAUUCGAAAACAAAGCUGUGGGCAAUAUUCUUCGCAAGUUCUAUGCUCUAUUAACCUUCAAUGUAUCUUACUGUCUCAUUUACUUUUGCAAAAUUUUGGGAUUUUUCAAACAGGUUUGUAUAUAUAUGGGUGUGCGUGUUUGUUUGUCUGUUUGGAACUAAGGGUGAGACAGUUUGACUCAUUUCCUCAGUCUCUUUUCUUUCUUUACCUUGAUGCAAGCACUUUAACAAUCUACACAUUACGUUAGUAAGCUGUAGUUAUCUCUUUGAUAGAUUGAGCUCUUGUCAAUGUCAGAAGGUAAAGCUUCUUUCAAGAUGAAAGUUGAAGAAAGUCACCAGAAUCCAAUGGGCAACCUCCAUGGUGGAAUGACAGCGACUUUGGUUGACAUGUUAACUACACUGGUGACAUUUACAUCGCCCCCACACAAACUUGGUGUCAGUGUUGAUAUGAGCAUAAGGUACUAUAUCAUCUUAAUUUAUAUUUUAACCCCUUUUGCACAUGUUGUAAUAUUUCACUAUGGAAACUUUUUUCUUCAUGGCAGCUACCUAAGGCCAGUUCCAGUUGGAGAAGACGUUACUAUAAAUGCAGAAGUUAUCAAGAUGGGUCGUACAUUGGUCUUCACUGGUGCGGAACUGUUAAACAAAGAUGGCAAACUUGUAGCAAAAGCUAGUCAUACUAAAUUUAUUGGGGAAGGACAGCCCACACCAUUCACGGAGAAGAAGGAAUCAUGA